ACAAAGCAUAGUUUAGUUUAUCCACUCAUUUUUCUGUGGCCAUGCAAUGCAAUCCCUUGCCUUUUCCUUCUUCAGUCUCUCGCCUCCUCCUAAUUCUCUCCUCUUCCGAUGGCCAACGCUUUCCACCACCAUUACAAUUUCACUUCCACUUCCAUCCUCCGCCGCCGCCGGAAUUCCCCAUCGCCUCCUCCCAUUAUCCUCCCUCCCAACGCUCCUCUUUCCACUACCUACAGCUUUUCCAUUAAACAAUGCAGCAGAAGUAGAAUCACUUGCAAAGCCACGGAAAUGCCUUCCGUGAGUGAACAAUCAGCGGCUUCGGACGGCGGUUCUGGUGGUGAGAACUGGGUGCCAGUGGUCCCGCUGGCGGUGCUUCCCAAGGGAGAGCGGCGUGUGAUCAUACAAGACGGGGAGAACAUCCUGUUGCUUUGGUAUAAGGAUGAGGUUUUCGCAAUUGAGAAUCGUUCGCCCGCUGAAGGCGCUUACACUGAGGGUUUGCUCAAUGCCAAGCUUACCCAGGAUGGUUGUAUAGUUUGUCCGACAACUGAUAGCACAUUUGAUCUUCGGACUGGAGCCAUCAAGGAAUGGUAUCCAAAAAACCCAGUGCUGCGAGCCCUUACACCUGCUUUGAGGAAACUUUAUGUUUACCCUGUAAAGACCGACGACGAAAAUGUUUAUAUCAGCAUGCAAGGCAGUGUAAACUCCGAUGCAGCAGCAGAGAUUGUCUUUAGUGGAAAAGCUCAACCGGGUAUAACUGCUUCCGAUGUUAAUGUGGACGAGGUGAGAAUGGUAAUCGAUGAGAACUCGGAGGGGUUUGGUUUCACGGGAAAGAACGAAAUCAUAAAUGGGAAGGCAGCUAUCAUCGGUUUCCUGCUGUUGCUGGAUUUUGAGCUCUUGACUGGUAAAGGCCUUUUAAAGGGAACAGGCUUUUUGGACUUCUUAUAUGCUGCUACAAAUGCCUUUAAUUAGAUUCACCAUUUCAUUCGCAUGAGGUACAAAGUUGUCUUUCUUUUUUCUCAGAUACUUUUUACAUGUUAGAACACUUGAAUCCUCUAGAUGUAUGUAUAUUUA